UAGCUUUAAAGUGAGCUUAAAAGGUUUUCAGAACGAUUUUAAAAUUUUAGUUCAUUUCUAACAAUUCAUCAGCAAGUUUACCUGGUUGAAAGUAAAAGUUAUUAAAUUCUGUGACAAAAAAAAAAAAAUUAAUAUAAUUCGAAAAUAGAGAAAAGAGAGGAGUAGAAGUAGUAAAAAAAAUAAAAAUAAUAAAUAGAAAAAAAUAUAAAAUAAACAUAAAUUUUUGCAAUGUUUAAAACUACCGUUAUUAGUAUUUUAAUUUUAUGUGUUCUUUAUUCAAAAGAAAUUGCUGCACAUCCAGCAAGUUACCGAAAUCCACAAUCGACUUAUGCCCUAUAUGUUGGUCAAAAGCUUCAACCUAAAGAUGGAUAUGUACCUGUUUAUAUAAGAUUCGGUGAUACACCCUUAUUUGCAAUUAAUCAGGAUUUAGCAACAGCAUUUAAAGAAACUGAACAGGCGAAUAACCAAAUUCAAUUUAACACGAAGGAUAUCGAUGACAGUAAUAGAAGUAAUGAAAGCAAUGAUAGCAAAGAACGAAAUGAUAAUCCAAUCUUCAAUACGAUUCAAGAUGAAUUUUCUUCCGCUAAGGAAUUAAAGAGAAAUGAAAAAGUGAAAAAUGUUGAUUAAUAAAAUUUUAUUCGUUAUAUACAUAUAAAUAUAUAAGAUAUAUAUUAUGUAUUGAAAGUAUUUUAUAAUUACACACAUAUGUGAAAGAAAGAAAAAGAAGGUGUUCACAAAUUUAUAAAAAAAAAAAAAAUGUUAUAAAUCUGUGAAUAACUAUAAAUGAUGUUAAAUUAGAUUAAAAAAUAAAGUAUUAAUUAUUAUUAAUUGA